AUGGUUGACAAUUAUAGUUUACAAGGUAAACGUUUUGAUAAGAUCGAAGAUGCAUUGAGAUAUGUUAAUGAACAACUGUCCUUGAAAGGGUAUUACACCAAUGGCAGUGAUUUGAAUUCUAAGAAGAUCGAGCUCAAUGGAGAAAUUGAUGAUAAAAAACUAGUUAUCAAUACCUUAAGUAGGCUUUUAAAUGAGAUAAAUAAUAAAAAUAAAUUAUUAUCUGAGACUGCUCAAGAAAAUAGGUUAAUAAAACAAAAAUUAAACACAGUUGCUAAACAAAAAGAAGCAAAUGAUAAAGAAUUAAUUAAAUUGCAUCUUCCAACUCAAAAAAAAGUUACUAAACCAACAGUUCCGACUCAACAAGUUACUAGUGCAAAUUUUAACAAUAAUUCCAAUAAUUCUAAUGUUAACAACAUGUUAACAAAAACGUAUAAAGUCAAAUUGAAUAAGUUGCAAUCUACUAUUGAUGAAUUAAGAAAUAAAUUAUCUACGAAUAGCCUACGAAGGAGUGGUAAUGAUGAUCUCGAUUUGACAUGGGGAACCAACUCAAAUAUUUCAAUAGAUGAACAUGAUAUUUUAGAACCAGAGAUGAUUACUCCAGACAAGUUUUUAGAAUCAUCUGGUGUGUUAAGGAAAUAUAACGAAUUAGUAAACCUACGAUUGAAUUUAAUCGAUUUUAUAUCGAUGGUAAAUAAAAUAACAUAUUCCAAAAAUGUAUUAAACUUAGAAACAUUUGAAAUAUCAGGGUUUAUAGAUCAAAGUUCAGAUUCAAAAGAUACCAUUGAAUCCAAAAACUUUAACCCAGACAUAACUAAAAAUGAUCCUGAAAUUUACGAAUUGGUAACAGAUUAUUACGAAAUUCUAAGAUUAUCGAAUAAAUCCAUAUAG